AUUUGGAACAGCCAUUGUCUGGUGACCCAUAGUUAUUUGUAUUCCUGAACUAGGGUUCAACAAAACAGUUUUAUUCCCUUUUAAAUUCACGAGUUGGCUCACCGAAGCCCUUUGAUCAUCAGUGUUAUUCAGUCAGAGGAAUAGACUGAGAAGAGGAAACAAAUAAAGAUCGUGUUUCAGCUGUGACAAAAUAGGUUUAUAGGGAUGCAUCAAGAAAGGUCAGUGUUAGGCUGCUUGCUUUUGUUGCAUGGUAUUUUAUUUGUUUUCGGUCGCGCAAUGCGUCCUGGCUGUCAAGUCGUAAGUGCAGUACACCGAAAAAAUCCCUAAAACUCCACAAACUCGAGUUCUUUCUGUGUGCCCUGAUGAAACAUUUCCAAAAUAUCGAAAGAAACUUGACUUUUACAAGGAAAUGUACAGACAACGAAGAGCGGAAUGAAAUACCUGAAGAGUGUCUCGAAGUGUCACUGUCUGAUUCUAACGAGUAGCACAGCGACAGGGGCUUAUUCAUCUUAGACCUGAUUAAUUAUUAAUACAUUUCCCAGAAACUUUUGCGUGUCUUUUACCAAGUAUGUUGAAGUUGUUGAAAAUUCCGCCAUCAUGAGUAUGCUACCAGCGAAAGUCACUGUAUAAUUAAUUGAUAGCGAUAGCUACAUGUACACAGUCUUGAUCGGAGACUUUUAUAGCGGAGGUUUCAAGGUGAGAAUAGUUUGUGGUUGCUAUAUCGUUAAUUUUGUUCACAAACGCGAUCGUUUUUCUUAUCCUACGCCAGAUCAAAAGAUUUGUGGUAACACGCAUGAUCAGUCUCUUAACAGUUCUGAUAUCGAAACUAAACCCACUUCUUGAGUCGAAUUUGGCCGAAGCGGACAGAUGCAUUGCCAACUGAACAAAAUUUGUCCCGGGUAAAAAUUAGGCAAAAUCGACUAAUACUGAAACAAAACCGCGAUAAACCGUUGUCAAUCAUUUGUCGUAUAAGCCACGACUAGCGUGUAAUUCAACUGGAAUUUGGUUUCUAGAAAGGCAAAAAUUGUCUUUUGGUGCAAAACUCGGGGAUCGAUUGUAUAAUUUAAAGAAACAUUGGAAGUGGAAUCCUUCGGCAACUAUGCUGGCCGGUCUUAUGAACAGAUCGGGCGCUGACGGAAUUUGUUGGCUUUGAAAUUUUUAAUGCGGAUGCAAGAGACGUACCAAAAAUUUGUCUUGACGAAACUUUUCUUUGAUUUUGUCGGGUCAAUUCCAGUUUUGUCUGCUAGUACGGAAAGGCCUUAAGACCAAAGCUUUCAAAAAUGUCAAACCAUCAAAAUUCACAAUCUGCAAUAGUUUACAAACUUAAAUAGUUCGGCAGGUCGAAUUUAACACGUUUGCCUGAAUCUGAAAGUAAAAUGUUCAGUGAAAUCCGGCCGAAAUGUGGCUCAUAAAAACAAGCAAGGGUUUCAUGUAACGAUAACAAACUGCUCAAGGCGUGUGUUUUAUGAAUAAACGACAGCCGAAUUCAUGAGCACAUGAAGGUUGCUGAGGAUGACUGCGCCGUAAAACUAGCCUGCUGUGACUGAUGUGGCCUUCCACUCAACGUAUCGGAAAGGGUAUCAAAGCAAGCUCUUUGUUCACUCGAAGAGCGGUCGAUGUAAUUUCUGAGGCUUUCUUCCGUGCGAUGACCGGAGAUCGCGAUGAUGAGCUAGCCGCUCUGACACCGUCAUGAUUAGUAUGCAUUUUAACAGUUAUGCCAGUUUGGCUAUAUUUUUCAUAUCAUUCUUGUUUCGUUCUGCAUUUUUUUUGAACAUGAAAAUAUAUAUGCUAUACGAGUGUUAGCUGAGUUUGAUUUUUAUUACCGUACGUCAGCUUGCAAUAUAUCUGAGCUUGAAAACCUUCAAUAUUAGGACUGCCCAUUUCGUUUUGUCUCUGGAUUUUCGUCCCUGCUCACUUUAUAAUAACGUAAAUUACAGCGCUUAGCAUGUUUACAAACCCUUGUUUGGUUAUUCUGUUGUUACUUGCCGGCUUACUUGUUCCGAAAUGUUUCUUUCAAUUAAUGAAAAAAAAAAAAAUUAGAGAGAAGUCCCGGAAAAGGUCGAACAUAGUACAAUUUAACAAAUGGCUUGACAGCUUUAGCUCAGCUCUAUGUUUUAGUUCAGAUCUAUGCUUUGUACUCUGAUAGAGCACUCUCUUUCAACCCCUGGCAGCGAGCGUUAUCAAGCGAGUCGAUUGAUUGUUCGUUAGGUCUGGCGAUAGCUUAUAUUUACUCUGAUCAGUAACGUGCAAAUUUCGUGAUCACACGACACUAUGAGUCCAAUCCCAAGUGUUAUUUAUCUUCUUGCAUCGUACGCCAUUUCUUUAUUUUCGUUCGCACGGCCUCUAGUCACCAUUUAGAAAAAUAUUACACCUAAUGACCAACCGCUGUGUGCGGAGACUCAAAUCGAAUCGCCCCUCUGAGGAACUCAAAAUGUCUUAAACAAGGACUGAGGUGCAUAGUUUUAUCUUUUCGAAGCUGAUCCGCAAACUUUUUGACAACCAUGCUAUGUUAAAGCAGAGGUUUAAGUUCCUUUAUUCCCUCACCAAAACUACAUAUAUGUUAUGUAUGUGUGACACUUGUGUAGUUGUUAUAUAUUUCUAUGAUAAAUGUUGCAUUUAUGUGACAUUUGUGCGACAUGAUUGCACAUACAUGUGACAUAUACAGUAUAUGUUGGAUAUGUUAUUAUGUAAGGACUGUAUGUGACCAGUAUUUAGUUUUGGUAAGGGUUCACAGCCAGCUGGUUGCAAUUUCACAUUCUCUUCACAUAGUAUGUAUUUUCAGUUUUCUAUGUAUUGCAAGGUGUAUAUGCAUACGAUUUAGGGCCAACAUCUUCAAAAUUUUCUCUUCAGAAAUAAAUAAAUGCUACUUAUAUACAGAAAUGAAUUGAUGCCUGCAGUUGUAUUAAACUUUAAUUAAAUGGACAGUAUUAUAUUCUGGUGGCCAAUUAUUUUGUCCUGGCAAAAAGAUUGUAAAUUCAGUUAUAUGUUAAUACUUUGCCUAGGGUCAUUUCUUAGUAUUGCACAUUUUCAAUGUGUAUAAUUUCACAUGUAACUAUGGUGUAUGCUUCAUAAGAAUGGUGCCUUUCUUCUCCAUGGGAGCUCACCAGAAAAGUAAAUUGUCAUUUUCUUACGAAUGAGUUUGGGAACCUACAGUGUGCCAUUUUCUCCUUCUUGAAAUUGGGAAAUCAUUUUCUCUCUGUCAAACAACUAUAAACCAAUUCUUAGUGUAGGAGAAGGAAAGAAUUUGACAAAUGCCAUUUUAGCAAAUUCUCACAAAUAUAACUGUCAUGAUAUGAACUGGAAUGAUAUGGAUAUCUAGAAGGUAUUGUUGCUCAUAAAAGACCAUGGGACCUCCCUUUUUCGCUUCAAAUUGUACUUUCCCUUAAGAUCAGUAACCUUGAGAGAAAAUUUUAGUAGGGACCGCGGGAUUAAAGAACCCUUUCGGGAAGCCUCUGUAGAGGUAUCAGACUUUGAAAGUACACCAAGCAAGGAGAAAAUCUGUAGAUUAAAGAAAACCUUAGGAAAUAUCAUAUUAAAACUUUGAUCCCCAAAGAAAAUACCUUCACGAUGUUAUACAUACAAGUUGCUUACACUUCACCGGGGUAGACUAUUAUCCUGCACUGAUCAUGAUAUGAUGUGACAUGUUUACAAGUAAAUCAUUAUCGACAGUAAGGGUCGGUAGCAUUUUGCAUGGAUUCUGCACAGCCUGUACCAUAUUAGAUGUCAGUUAGCAUAUCAUAGAAACGACUAUAAAAAUUAUUUCUAUGAAAUACAUACCUCAAUAUCAAACGUUUCUUGGUAACAGAUUUUCUGUAAAAAAAAAAAAAUUAGUAAGGCUGCAAAUAUUAUUUUUCGCUUUAAAAGGCCAUAUGCCAAACUGCAUCACCAUUUUGAUGAUGUUUGUUCUAACAAAACAAAAAUGUGGUUUAUUGUGACAGGUCAAGUCUCCCUUUGCUAUUUUUCGCCCUAUCAUUAGACAUUUCUCAUUGAAAUAUCAAUAAUUUUGCAUAAAGGGAAGGAAAGUGAAGAAAUAAAAAACAAUUGAGAAGAUAUGCAUCAUUGAGAUUUGUCGCAGAAGAGCACAUUUAGAACAGCUAUUGUCUGGUGACCCAUAGUUAUUUAUAUUCCUGAACGAGGGUUUAACAUAAAACAGUUUUCUUCACGAGUUGGCUCACCAAAGCCCUUUCAUCAUCAAUGUUAUUCAGUCAGAGGAAUAAACUGAGUGGAGGAAACAAAUAAAGUAUGCGUGUUUCAGCCGUGACAAAAUAGGUUAAUAGGGAUGCAUCAAGAAAGGCCAGUGUUAGGCUGUAUACCUUUGUUGCAUCGUAUUUCAUUUUUCGGUCGCGCAGUGUGUCCUGGCUGUCAAGUCACUAGUCAGUAGUACACACGAAAGAAACUUUACUUUUACAAGGAAACGUACAGACAAUGAAGUGCGAAAUGAAAUAGGAGUGUUACUGUCUGAUUCCAACGAUUGGCUUAGCGACAAGUGCUCAUUAAACUGAAACCUGAUUAAUUAUUUCCGGUAAUACAAUUCCCAGAAACAUUUGCAUGUCUUUUAUCAAGUAUGUUGAAGUUGUUGAAAAUUCGGCCAUUAUGAAAAUGCUACCAGCGAAAGUCACUGUAUAAUCAACUGAUAGCGAUAGCACAAUGUACACAGUCUUGAUCGGAGACGUUUAAAGGGAAGGUUUUAAGGUAAGUAUAGUUUGUUGUUGCUAUAGCUUAAAUUUUGUUCACAAACGCAAUCGUUCUUCUCAGACUACACUAGAUCAAAAGAUUUGUAGUAACACGCAUGAUCAGUCCCUUGACAGUACUGAUACUGAAAUUGAUUGAUACCUUUGUAAAGCGCGCAGGAAGAGGCUAGAGUACGAAAUAAGUGUGGGAAGAAACACGAUCGUGUUUCUUCCCACACUUCUUGAGUCGAAUUUGGCCGAAGCGAACAAAUAUUCAGACGCACCGCCAACAAAAUUUGUCCUGGGUAAAAAUUAUGCAAAAUCGACCUAAUAAACAAAACCGCAAUAAACUUGUCAAUUUUUGUUGUAUAAGCUACGACAAACGUGUAAUGGAACUGUAAUCAGUUUGCUAAAUCCUGGAAAUUGGAAGUGGAAUCCUUCGGCAACUGUGCUGGCCGGUCUUAUGAACAGAUCAGGCGCUGACGGAAUUUGUCGGCUUUUUUUUAAAUGCGGUUGCAACAGACGAAACAUAUGUCGUGACAAAGUUUGUCCUUUGAUUUUGUUACAAAAAUUCUAGUUUUGUCCGCUAGUAAGGAAAGGCCCUACGACUAAAGCUGUCAUAAAUGUCAAACCAUCAAAGUUCACAAUAAUCUGCAAUAGUUUACAAACUGAAAUAGUAUGGCAGGUCGAAUUUAACUGUGUUUGAAUUUUGUUACCGUUUGUAAGCUUGCUAUUAAAAACCGCUGAGCGAGAAAACCUUAAAAACUCGGACUGUCCAUUUCAUUUUCAUUUUCUUUUGAAAGACCCAACAUUUCGACACUUCUGUCUAGUGCCUUUUUGAGGAGUGAUCUAAACUUAUGUAUUUGUCAUAUAUAAAUAUAUGUGAUAGAUAUUGUAUUUAUGUGACAUAUAUGUAAAGAUUGUGACAUGAUUGCAGAUACAUGUGACAUAUAUGUGACAUGUGACAUACGGUAUACGUUGGAUAUGUAAUUUUAUUGUUUUUUUAGAGGGCACGGUAACGAAUCCUGCAAUCUGAUUGGUUCUUUACCCGGUCAGUAUUUUCCUAUCUCUGCCCACGGGCCACGGUAACGCUUUCGUGAGUCGCCGUGUACAUCUCAACUUUCGUUGCCAUUUUUCAUAAAUAUACCUCGUUUUGCCCGCUGGGCAGUAUUUUUAAGCAAACACAUCGGUCACUACCUCAAGCCGACUUGAGAAUCUUCUCUUUCUCUCUCUCAAAUCAAUUUAGUUGACAAAAAAUAUUGGUUUCAGAAUGAAUUUGUAUAGGCAAUGGUGUCAUUACGUCGGUUGACAAGCGGCCUAAAAACCGUCUGCAAUUGAUUUUAAUCAUUCACAAAAAGUACUUAGAAAGUUAAAACGUGAGGUAUUUGGUUACAGGUAAACUGAACAAUGGAACUUUCAUUCAUUUAAUGUCUGAAUUUUCUCAAACAAUUUGUUCGUAGUAAAAGAGCGAGCGAAGUUUUAAUUUCAGUUCGACAAUAAAUAUACGCUCUCGGUGAGUCUUUCAAAGUCCGUUCAAUUUGGACAUUUGGACCAUAAAUUGCACAACAGAAACUGAAGGAAUUUAUUGAGAAAAGGCCGCAUUAAAUCCCCUUGUGUCUCGUUGGAGUGUGCCGUUCGAAUUCAGUUUUUGUGGAGGAAAGACCAGAUUUACACACGCCGUUGCAGCAAACAAACGAGCAAACUCUCACAACUUCAAAAUAAAAAAUUUGAAUUUACUCACAAUUACUUUCCUCGCCGUUUACUUAAUGAACAGAGGUAAAUCUUCGUACAUGAAUGAAUCGUCGAUGAGAGUGAAUAAUACUUUCAGUUAUAUCAUUGAUUGUUUUUGAAGAAAACAUUGUCGUGACAGUCCUUGCCAAACUAGUUCCGUUGUUUUUCAAAUCUUCUUGCGCUUUUUUUUUCUUACGCGCUCUCUAAUUGACAGGUGUCAGAUUGUGACAGAUAGUUUUAAAAAUAAUGUUUCCAACUUUGUUUGGAAGCCUUUUAAAUCACCUUCAUCGUUACGGAAAUGAAAAUGUUUCGCUGAGGCAUCUCUCUUAAAUUUGCAUCACUUCUAUUUUAACUACCAUUUACUCACUCAAAAAUUGUUCAGUUUAUGGAAGAUCUUGCCGUAUUUACGGCCAUAAAUCAUUCGGGUUCUUUCGGAAAGAAUUUCGUCAAGUUUAAAAACAAUAAAUAUGUUAUUUACCGGCUAAGGGUCGGUCCGUAUGGUGAAAAACUGUGACCUCGGUCUUGAAAAUGCUGCCCUCGGCCUACGGCCUCGGGCAGUAUUUUCAAGACCUCGGUCACAGUUUUUCACCAUACGGACCUCCCAGCCGGCAAAUAACAUAUAUAUCUAAGGAAUAUAUGCAACAUAUAUGUAGUAUUGAUAAGGGUUGACAGCCAGCUGGUUACAACUGGACGUUCUGUUCACAUAAUGUGUAUUUUCAGUUUUCUAUGUAUUGCAAGGUGCAUACGCAUAUGUUUUAGGGCCAAUAUCUUAAAAAUUCUCUUUCCAGAAUUAAUUACAGCAACGAAUUAAUGCCUACAGUUGUAUUAAACCUUGAUAAAAUGGGCGGUAUGAUAUUCUGGAGGCUAAUUAUCGUGUCCAGGCAAAAAGAUUGUAAAUUUAAUUACAUGUUAAUACUUUGCUCAGGGACAUUCCUUAGUGUUGCAUUGCACAUCCUCACUGUGUAUAAUUUCAAAUGUAACUAUGGUGCAUGCUUCCAAAAAUGGUGCCUUUUUUUCUCCAUCGGAGCUCACCAGAGAGGUAAAUUGUCAUUUUCUCGCAAAUGAGCUUGGAUACCUAACAUUUUUCUCUUUCUUGGAACUGGGAAAUUAUUUUCUUUCUGUCAAACAACUAUAAACCUAUUCUUGGUGUAGAGAAAGGUAAAAAUGUCAGAAAUGCCAAUUUAACAAAUACUCACAAAUGUAAUUGUCAUGAUAUCAUAGGAAUGAUAUGGAUAUCUAGAAGGUACUGCAGCUCAUAAAAGAGCAUGGGACCUCCCUUUUUUCAUUUCAAAUUUUACUUUCACUUAAGAUCUACAGCCAACAUGUACAGUUUGACAACAAUCUAAGUGUAUGUUUUACAGAAGGGCUUUGAGUCUUCAAUGUAUUUUAUCAAUUGCUCUGUAUUUUUUUCUUUUACAGAAGCUGAUUGGCAUUGUUAUAAGUUAGAAUGGCAGCAAGCACUUUCAGAGACAUUCGAGGUAAUCCACUAAAUAUCAAUAUUAAUCUUCCAAAGAUAAGUGAGUGUUGCGCGUUAUUUAAAAAUAGGAGCCAAGUUCCUAGUGAAGAAGAUUUAGAGUGGCUUUUGCACCGACUCGAAAAAUGGAAGACAUUCGGGCGUCUUCUCAAAAUUGAGGAAGCAAGAUUAACGGCGUUUGACGAUAAAAAUGUGGAAUACUCUGAAAAAAUUUACAAAAUGUUACUACAUUGGAGAGAGAGAUUGGAGAGAGAGGAAUGGCUCAGCUGCAACAUACACGGUCCUACAUGAUGCACUGUGUCACCCAUUGGUUAAUCGCACAGAUUUAGCUGAGCAACCUGGGGCAUAUUCGAAGUUACCUCAAUUUAUCACUAGUAAUAUAUCACUAAUCUAGCAAUUCAAUAAUCUUGCACCCUCAACCUCAUCUUCCCGCCCCCUGCCUUUAUAAACUAAGAAUGCGUGGAUCCAGCAGAAUGGCAUGAAUAGAUGCAAUACCUACUUCUCGCUAUCCCCUCAUCUUGAUGCUUUUCUCUGAUGUUUUUAUGUUUUUAGUCAAGCAAGGAGUUCCCAGUGACGAAGAAUUAGAGUGGCUUUCGCACCAACUCGAAAAUUGGGAGGAACUCGGGCGUCGUCUCAAAAUUGAGCAGGCAACAUUAACGGCGUUUGACGAUGACUAUGGGAGAAAGCGUAAAAAAAUCUACAAAAUGUUACAACAUUGGAAACAGAAGGAUGGCUCAGAUGCAACAUACAUGGUCCUACAUGAUGCACUGUGUCAUCAGUUUGUUAAUCGCGCAGAUUUAGCUGAGAAACUUUGCCGUCAAUAGCAUUUAUUGACUCACACAUAGCUUUUAUCUCUAUUUUUACUGAUUAUUCCACUGUCAAAUGAACAAGUAUCCCUAGUAUGGUUACACUAUUACCAUGUGAAUUACUAAAUCAGCUAUCUUCCUUUUCCUCACGGGAUCGUUUUUCUGUCUCUUACACACAUGCAUCUUUCUAUUCUUUUAAUGAAAAACGUCAAGUGUUAAAGAAUAUUGCUAAUUAUGACCCAUCCAUAACUUUUCGUGCAAAUCUAUUGACUACUUGACGUCACGCGGUACAAAAUCACCGGAUAAAACCACCAUCUAAGUCGAUAUUUGUAAUCCGAUCAUUUCCGUCUAAAAGAAACCAAAACAGCGGAAAAAAAGCCAGCUCUAGAGUUUCACUUUUUUAUCUUUCUUAUUGUACAUGUGAGAAAAACGAAGUUAUUUUGAAGAGUUCACUUGUAGUGAUAUUAAAAAGCUGAUCACAAAUGCUGGUCCGGAAAACUGAAAAAAAUCAACAAAAUUUUUGUCAAGGGUCAAUACGGAAAUUAAUAGAAGGGUUAUGAAUUGAAUAAACCCACUUUUGGCAUGUUAGUAUUUCGAGGGAUAAUUUCCUUGGCUGACAUAUUGUCUUGUAAAUUUUACAAUUUGUCCUCGAAGCUCCGCUUAUCGGCCAAAAAUUCAAUUUCAGGCAAUAGCUCAGUCGCAGACAUGAACAGCCGACAUACUAGCCGUCUAAAGACGUUUACUAAACAUUCGGUGAGUUGCUCACCGAAGGCAUACGGCAUGUUACGCACUUGCAUUACCACUGAUAUCUAUGCGUAAUGCACAGGCAUUCUUCCUUCAAUUGUUAGUUUUGACGCAGCUCUGAAUUUGGAAUUUCAGGCGCUUUUUUCAAAGAAGUUUGAUGAAACCAAAAUUCAGCGUGAUGAGAAUCUCACGCCGAGAACACGAAUAUAUGCCAUGUUUUGUAGUUGGUAAUGAGAUUUUACAAUAGCUGUGAGUUUUUGUUGGUUCCUGUUAGUGCAUUAGCUAAUAUACCGAUUAAGAAAUUGAGAGGAAUGUCGAGCUGAGUCAUUUUUUCUCAAAAAAUUGUAAACUCACGAGGAAAAGACUCCGUUAAUAGCUAGGCAAAGAAAAAACGUGGUUCCCUUACACUCGAUUAGGCUUGGACAAAAGGCAAAGUUCUUGAAACAGUCAGCUUGCCUGAUAAUGAUAUACAUUUGAUAUUGGAAGUUCAUGAUUGAUUAAUUGCCUACGAUAAUUUACGGUGUAGAAUAUUUGUCAACGAAACGUUUUCGUAAUAAUAAGUGAAAGGUUUGACAUAACUAACGGCCUAUAGAAUGAUUCUAUGGCAAGGAAAAAUUGUUUGGUAAAAACAAACGGUAGAGGUUUAUGGUUUCAUCAGGGCUUCCUUACUGCUUUUAGCUGGCAUAGAAGAAAACAAAAUGUCGAUUUACCAUUAUUUCUUUUGUGUGUGUGUCUUUUGUUCUUUAGAAAAGUCUUUGAGCAUCCUUGCUUCUGGAUUGAGUAGUUUGGUUGGAGCCCAAUGGUUGGCAAUUGUACUGAUUUUCCGGAAUAGUUUUCUUGGGUAAAAUUUCUUUCUACCAAGCUUUGAGCAGUAAAAUCUUUAUAAAGCGAACUGCUGGAUAGAGAGUUAUUGUCUAUUCAUAACAAAAAACUUGUAUAGAGAUUUUGUACUUCGAGUUUUAUUUUUUGGCAUAAAAUUUUGCCCGACAGCUAAAUAACAAAAGUUUUCUCAGAGCUUUGCUAAGCUUCGCAAUAUCUUUGAUGGUUUGAAGUAUUGAAUAUCACUUUUUUCAAUCGAAUGUUGCAGACCUGACGCAUUUAUGAAGCUAUACAGGAAACCAAUUCUCUGUCAUGAGGCCACGGUUCUAUAAUGAUAUUGUCAAGGUGAUAAAAAAAGUGAAAAUCUAGUAAAAAUAAUUAGUGUCAAUAAAUCCACAGUAUUUUCUCAUUGAAAACUGAAAUACUCUCAAAGAUGGAAUUUACACGUUGACACAUGGCUGUUAGCGUUGUAUGCGGG